AGAAGAUGAACGAAUCCGGAUCCAAAUCCGGAUCCAUCCGCGACUCCGACAACGGGACCGUCAACUGGAAGUCCUUCAAGGACCGGAUCCGCCUCCGGCGAGCGGGCAACGCGUGGUCCGAGCCCGAAUCCGAGUACUACCCUCCACCAAACCCUAACCCGCUCUUCGCCCGAUCCUUCAGCGGCAAGCCCGCCGACGAGGACCCGCCGGUCUCCGGAGAGCCGGCGAAGAUGUCGCUGAUGGCGCUCUUCGAGCAGACGGAGGGAGGAGGGUUUGGGUCGGAGGAGGAUGAAGAUGAUGAUGAUGAUGAGGAUUAUGACGAUGGGGAUGACGAUGGGGAUGGGGAUGAUGGAGGUGAUGAGGGGAUGUAUAAUGCAUGCUGUGUAUGUAUGGUGAGGCACAAGGGGCCGGCGUUCAUACCUUGUGGGCAUACUUUUUGUAGGCUUUGCUCCAAGGAGUUGUUCGUCAGCAGGGGGAAUUGCCCCCUCUGUAACGGGUUUAUUUUGGAGAUACUUAACAUUUUUUGAUCCGGAAUCCGGUAAGAUGCGGUUAGUCCACGUGCGAGCGAAUUGUUCUGAUAUACAAGACAUGCCCUUGUGUUUUGUUAGAGCAGGUCACUAAUGUAGGUGACAAGGGUCUCCCCUCCUUUUUGUAUGGUGUUUUACGGGUUUCCGUGGCUUUUUCUUUUUAUGAAGUUUUGGUUAUUUUGUAAUGAUGUGUAAUUGAUGGUUUUGAAUGGACUAUAUAUGUGUUUAUUUUGAUA